CGCGCGACCCCGUCACACGCGGUUCGCCGACACCACCACAUCGACAUGGCCCUUCGUCAGGCUGCCCGGCGGCUCGGCGCCCUCGCCGGGUCCUCCCCGCAGGUCACCCGCGCGUUCGCCGUCGGAUCGCAGAGGGCGACGAUGUCCACCGAGGCGCAGCGCGAAUCCGUCAAGGAGUUCCUCGACAAGUUCAAGCAGCACGCGCCUUCGACGAUGGACCCGCCGAGCUUCCCCUCCGACUUCCUCCCGCCGGCGAGGGAGGUUCCCGCCACGCCGCCCGCGAAGCUGACGCUGAACUUCUACAUGCCGCACGAGAUUGAGUACGAGGGCGCGGAGGUCGACUCGAUCCAGCUUCCCGCGGUGACUGGCGACAUGGGCGUGCUCCCCGGGCACGUGCCCACCGUCGCGCAGCUCAGGCCGGGCGUCGUCGCAGUCAACAUGGACGAUAAGGAGACCAAGAAGUACUUCGUCAGCAGCGGGUUCGCGUUCGUCCACGCCAACUCCGUCACCGACGUCAUGGCGGUCGAGGCUGUCCCCGUCGAACAGCUGGACGGCGAGGCUGUGAAGAAGGCUCUGGCGGAUUACCAAGCCAAGCUCGUCAACGCGAAGGACGACUACGAGAAGGCGGCGGCGCAGAUCGGCAUCGAGGUGACGCAGGCGAUGGAAAGCGCCGUCACCGGCAAGGCGUGAUCGUCGCGGUGGACGGGGGGGGUGGAACGUACGUCGUUGGGGCUCCGCCGCGCGUAGGCGGCGAAGUCCGUGUAUCAGCUUAAUUUGUUCGUUAGCAGUCGUGUAUCAAUCACAGAGAAUACUUUCCUCAGAGUAGGGAAUC